AACACGAGCACGGCCCAGUCACGACUACGCACAGCGCACAGCCAGACUUCCACGAUCCGCGUAUCCAUCACUCUCCACAUCUGCACUGUCCACUUUCCUCCGCCUCGCUUCACAUCUAGUGUCUCCUCGCGGGAUAGCGCACUCCCCCUCCUCACCUCCUCCUUCCCCUUGACCCGCCCUAGUCCCUUGUCCUCCGACACACCCAGCAUAAUGGCCUUCUCGUCGCUCGCGGACGAACUAGACCUCGACUCGGGGUUUCCCAUGUCGCCCUCGGGGCCAGGCCUGAGUCUCGCCGACGAGUUUGGAGAUAUGGGUGGGGGCGGCACUCUAGCAGAUGAACUGGUCGAUGACCUGGCCCUGCCAGAUUACGAAGCGGAAUUGGAACACGAGCGCGCCCACGACUUACCGCUCGGGCUCGAGAACGGGCUUGGGCAUCCUCUCGAGGACACGCUGGGACCCGAUCCUGUCGACAAGUAUGGCUCUCUCUCGCGUACGCCGCGCCGCCCAACGCGCGGGCGAGGACCGCGCACACCAGCAGGGAGCAUGAGCAUACGCGUGUCCCGGCGACUGGAAAUGGAAGAAGAGAGCGACAACGAGGUUGAUCUCGCGCCCCUCCGCGCGACCCAGGCGGCGGGACAGCGCAUGCUCGCGCUGUUGCAAGCGAUGGACGGACCCGGAUCGCCCUCACGCGACACCUCUGCAGUGUCUCGCGACCGAGAACGCGACCGUGUACCGCUUGAGGAGCGCCUCGCGGGUCAUGUGGCGCGCAUGGGCGCCGCGGAGCGUGUGCGCGACGAGCAGACGCGGGAGGCGGUCGCGCUCGUGCGCGACCUCGACUCGAUGCAGCUUAUUGUAAUGGAGGACGACCUCGCGUUCGUCGACGCGCUUAUUCACCGCGACCAGUCUCCGCGCGCAAGGCGAAGACCUCCAGCCCUCAACUUUCGAGAUCGCGAAACAAUUCGCGAGGUAGACACCGACGACGAACACGAGCGCUCGCCCCUCUCGCCGCUCGACCACAACUCACCCUUGUCUAGUCGAUGGCCUGACUCGCCAGAGUCCCCUCUACACCGGCGGCGGCCGAGCUCGCCGCUAUCACCGCUGUCCCCGUCCUUCCCCUCUCUGAACGGUGCGCCCGCGUCCCCGUGCCUUGCACCGCAGCCUCUCCGGCACCGCUCAACCCUGGCGGCCGCGACGGCCGAGCUGGGGGCCGCGACGAGCGACGCCGCAGAGGCGCUGAACAAGCUCGCGCGGGCAUCAGCCACGGCCGUGCAGGCGAGCGCGGCGUCGGGAGAGACGAACCGGCAGCUGCGCAAGCUGCGCGUGGGCGUCGCGAGCCUGCGCGAAGGCGCCGAGGCCGAGGAAGCGGCGCAGCGCGGCAUUGACGCGUGGGAAGCCUCCAUUGCGGCAGGGAGCGCGCCCGACGUGCGCGGCGUCCUCGCGGGUCUCAUGGCGGGCUUCGAGGAGCGGCUGACCGAGAUGGCGCGCAUGCACGAGGGAUUGCGGCGGGUAAGCGCGCGAGCAGGAUAGAUGUAACAUAAUGCACACUUUCACAUAGGUCAUAGGUCUAGGUC